AUUUUAAUAAGUUUUUUAGAUACAGUUACAAAAGUUAUAUUUUCUGGUGCGGUUUAUAUUGGAAAAAAUUCGAAAAUAUAAUUUACGUUAGUUACCAUGACACAGCAAAUACAUGAACUAAAUUGUAAAGACUUAGCUGUAAUUGCCUUUGGAGGCCAAGAGUUUGAUAGUUUAGCUAAGUCUGCAUUAUGUACACUUUUGGAAGUAAUAUUUAAAAAAUUAAACUGUGAAAAUGAAGAUGUUAUCAUUGAAGGUACCCAGACUACAUGUAUCAGAGAAAUGUUCUUUCUUUCUAAGCCUAAUGAAAUAAACUAUACUGCAAGAAACGUCAAACCGAUUCCUGAUUUCAGUAAAGUUGACGACUUAGAACGUAAAGCAAAGAAGUUGGAUAACAGAUUAAAAGAGCAUUUCUUUAAGAUUCGACAGGCACAUGACAGUGAAUUUAACUUAGAAAGGUGCCAUUGGACAAAAUAUGACCGUAAUUUUGAGGAUAUUUGUGGAGGUGGUAAAACAGAAAACAAACCUCUUUGCGAUCUAAUACAAAAUCGAAUUUUUAUGCCUAGAAUAAAAUUUAUUUGCACUCAUCCAAUAAUUCUUCGCAUAAGAGAGUAUAGAAUUUAUGUGGAGACACUUAAACAACAUUUAUGUUGGUUACGUAGUCGAGUAAGUGUGCAUACUGAAAUUGCUUCCUUAAUUCAGCCUCUGAUUUAUGAAAUUCAAGCUGCACGUGCGCAAGUUAAAAAAAAUUCGGAAAUAUUCGACCUUGCCAUGAUAGAGCUGCAGGAAAAGUUGGUAACAAAAAUGGAUCAGGUACAUUUUCCUGUAAUUAAAAGAGCAGCUAAAAGGCGUUUAGAAGAAUUCGAAACUGCAAUAAUGGAUUGUAUAAAUAAACAACAAAAUGCAUUAAAAUCGGCAUACAAGAUAUCUGAAGACAUGUGUUUCUCCUGUGGCAAAGAGCGAAGUGGCAUGAUUGUAGAUCAAAUGUUAGAAAAAGAGGAGAUAGGAAAAGAAUUAUGUUUUUGCAGUUAUAAGUUUACGCCUGUUGGUCAUGAUCUGUUGAAACGUAUAGAAUUUCAUAAAAAUGUUCAAAAGGAGAAAACGGAUGAUAUCCAUGUGAAAGAAAAGCAACAUAACGCAGUAAGAUUUUCAAUUAUGCGAAGACACACUGGACGUAUAUACAAAGAAACUCUUACGUAAUUUUUAAUCGAAUCUGAUUAAUAUUAAAUAUUUUACAAAGUAUUAAUUAACAUAAAA